CUCGUCUUUGCAUAUGGCUACGAGCGUGAGAUGGGCCGCUGGCGCUUGGCGAGGCGCUCAUCGAUUCGGAGGUGUCUCCGCGAAUUUCCUCUCGAAGUCUUUCUUACCAUUUGCUGCUAGUGUUUGAAAUGUCGAGAUCUGACCAGGCAGCCGUAGUACCAGCUCCAUCUAGCUUGAAAAUCUCUGCUAUCGAGCAGCGUGGAUUUUUUCGGAGCUCGCGUGUGAUGGCUAGUACAUUGCAUGCUGGAAGUUCUUUUAGCGACAAGAUGAGCAUCGAGAAAUCUAAAAGCGCGAUCGUGUCUGUGGAAUGGCUUCACCAGAAUCUAAAUCUACCUCAUGUCAAGGUCUUGGACGCAUCCUGGUACAUGCCGGCUGAGCAACGCAAUCCUCUGGAAGAGUUCAAGAAGUGUCGUAUUCCGGGGGCUUUAUUCUUUGAUAUCGAUGGAAUUGUGGACGAUAAAGUGGAUCUUCCUCAUAUGCUUCCUGUGGAGACAGCCUUUGCUGCUGCUUUGUCAGCUUUGGAUCUCCAAAACACGGAUACAAUAGUUGCAUAUGAUGGAAAAGGCAUCUUCAGUUCGGCACGCGUAUGGUGGAUGUUCAGAGUUUUCGGUCACAAGAACGUCUAUGUGCUGGACGGAGGCUUACCAAAAUGGCUUGCCUCUUCUUAUCCCGUAGACUCGUCCGUCCCGGCGGGGGCCUUGUCCAAGAUUGAGGCAUCUGUUGCAGCAGUUCGAAAACCACAGGCUGGAGUUGGAGGUUUCAAAACGUCAUUCCAGCAGAGUCUGGUGUGGUCCCUAGAACAGGUGAAGAAAAAUGUCGAAGAGAGGACAUUUCAGCAUAUUGAUGCUCGCAGUAAACCAAGAUUUUAUGGUGCUGCAAGUGAGCCAAGAAAGGGUAUCCGAGCAGGUCAUGUGCCUGGAAGUAAAUGUAUACCUUUCACAGAGGUCUUGAAUCAGGAAGGAAUGCUUUUACCUAUUAAUGCUCUUCAAAAGACAUUUGAAGAUGCGGGAUUGAACCUGGAAGUUCCUGUAGUGGCAUCUUGUGGAACUGGCGUUACUGCUUGCAUCCUUGCUUUGGCCCUCUAUCAACUUGGCGUUGCCAAUGUACCUGUUUAUGAUGGCUCUUGGACGGAAUGGGGUGGUCUUCCAGACAGCGAAGUGGCGGUGGCAACAUCUUCUGCUUAGUAAGAUCACUUUCGCUUUCAGGGAACAGUUCUGUAGAACAUUUGCGGAGUGUGGAGCCUCCACAAACUAGAACUUACUGGAUCUGGAAACGGUUUUGGAAAUUGUUUCCUCUUGAAA